AUGGCGAGUGUACCAGACCCAACUCUUGGCAACACAUUUUCAAUAAAUGUGCCAAAGGAACCAGACGUCGGCAUUGUUAAAGAUGAGAUGUCUGAAGCAGAGCGAUUGUUUCAUUAUUCUUAUGCAGCGCGUUCUGAGGAACCAUGCUUUUUAGCGUUUCGUGGGCUGCAAAUACUUAACAUUACCCACCUCCAGCUGGAAUUAGCAAAGAAAAAAGGUGCCAUAAGGACAAACAACACAGCUUCUAACACCGAUAUUCAAGACCUAGCUUCAAUCUUGCACCAGUAUGCCGAUGCAAUUCGAGAUUAUGCUUUCCUUUCAGGCCUUCAAAAUAUCGCUGGGUCUCAAGCACAAGAAAAGCGUCGGGAUCUGACAUAUGCUUUUCCCGACAUUGCCGGCUUACCGGGCGAUCCAUUUAAUUCGGCUUACCGUCGUCUGCCAGAUCAAUCGUUGAUUCCAGUCGACCCUCUAAGAAAGUGGCUCAAAGCGCGUCUGCCAUGUCAACUGACAUACACCAAGCGCGAGCAACUGCUUCGUACAGACGAGUAUCUCAAAGGCGAGCCGCCAGAACAAGUUUCUCUCUUCGUCGAUAAACUUGCACGAUUUAUAAUCGCCUUCACAGGUGGACUGAGUCUUGUAGUCCCCAUGCUCAUUAUGAGAAUCGGGGAGAAUUUGACGAAGAGUUUAGUGACGACGAGUAUAGCUGUGGUAUUGUUUGCUGGAAUCACAAGUCUUGUUCUCCGUGCAAAUAACAUGGAGACCGUCGCAGCAACUGCAACAUAUGCAGCCGUGCUUGUGGUUUUUGUUGGGACAAGUGGGUGA